ACACUAAAUGCAUACUGUUCUCUCCUAGCUUUAAAUUUGAUGCUUAACUACUUUCCAUAAAAUCCAAUUCCAAUUACCUUUAUUUAUAUUUAAAGAUUUGAGUUUUGAGGUGAGAAGGUGAAGGCAGAAAGGGGCGUAUCCAUGGAUUUGAAUCAGUCAAUUGAGUUCAAUCUUUCUUCAACCUCAUCUCCACAGCUCCACAAUUUCAUGCCAAUGUCUUCUUUCUUGCUUCCUAAUUACAAUCACACAACAAAGCAGGGUUGUGAAGAGGCGAGGAAUUCUCGUUUUAUGCAGGUUCUAAAGCAGAAUUUGGACAAUUUUUGGAAUCGACAAUUGUGGAAGAUUCAGAAUAUUUCAGCGUUUAAGAGCCGUCAUCAACUUCCUCUUGCAAGGAUCAAAAGGGUCAUGAAAACUAAUAGAGAAGUGAAGAUGAUCAGCGCAGACACACCUAUAUUGUUGUCAAAAGCAUGUGAGUUGUUCAUCUUGGAGCUCACUCUUCGCUCAUGGCUGCAAACUCAAGAAUGUAAGCGCCAAAUGCUUCAGCGAUUUGACAUUGCUAGAGCUAUAAGGCUCGUUGAUACUCUUGAUUUCUUGGUUGAGCUUGUCUCUUUUGACCAUCACAAUAAGGAUGAUGAGACUGGAAACUGUGGUGAAGAUGUUGAACCUCUUUCAGCAGUUCAAGUUCCAGUUCCUAUGAUAGACAUCAAUGAGGAUCUGGUAUUGACAGAUCAAGAAAUUGCUCCAUAAUUCAUGAGGAGAACAUCAAAAUCUCCUGCUGAAUUCAAUCAUGGAUCUAAUUUUAAGUGAACAAAGUAGCAGAAAUUAAUGAUGGAAGAGAGUAGCUGGUAACUGCCAUCAUUUGAUCCUGUGAUUGAUGAUGAAAUAAUAUUAGAUUCAUAUGCUUAUAAUAACCAUGCAUGCUAACUUCGUAGUUCAAACCCAUAUGUGCACUUUGAGUUUUGGGUGCAUUGGAAUUGUGGUAUAAUUUGUUUGUUUGCUGUUACA